GCCGCGCCAGGAGUUUUUAGGCACCCGCCCCCGCUACCGCUUUUCCCUCUCUUUUAAUAGUUGAAGAGCAGUCUCCGAAGAGAACUCUCGAAGAUACCACGUGGUGUAUUUUUGUGCUUUCUUUUUCUUACCUGCAUAAAGUGCAACGACUCUAGCUCUCUGUGGGUCACUUUAUAAGUUUUUCGACACUCCGUGUGCAAAGUGCGUCUUUCCCGAACACUUAGCAGAGAGCGUGCGUUGAAAAUCAUACUUUUCCCACGACGUAUUAAAAAAUACGUUUUUAUUUAGCUGCAUAGUCCUUCGCAUGCGCAGUGCGAGCCAAGAUAAAUAAAUCGACGCAUGUUCACCACGUGCUCGCAUAGUUGACCUCCCACUCCAUCCCCUCCGGAUACCCGUACUGCAAAUAAGCUUUGACGACCUUCGUUUCUCUUCCGUACCACCCGGCGCAGUAGGAGACAGCAGUUAGUGUAUUGGCGCGCUUCACGAUUACGUUCCUGUGAGAUCUUGGAAAAACUGCAUCUCCAAGAUAUAACCAUGACUGACCAACAAUUCAAAAAUGUCACUCAUUGCAUUUUCGACAUGGAUGGUCUACUAAUAGAUUCCGAAUCGGUUUACAAGAAAAUAUACAGAUCUAUUUGUGAGAAAUAUGGACACAGUUAUGGGGGAGACCUGGCCUUUGAAGUGCUGGGAAGGCCAGAACGUGUUGGUGCAGAACUCAUUAUAAAUUAUUACAAGUUGCCAUUGAGCAUAGAUGAGUUUCAGGACUUUUACCAUCGCUUGCAGAGAGAAUUUUUCCAUAACGUUAAUAUGAUGCCAGGUGCUGAAAGACUCUUGCGACAUUUGAAAAAACAUAAUGUUCCUAUAGCACUGGCGACAAGUUCCAGUGCUGAAAGUUUUGCACUGAAGACUGGACAUUUGAAGGAAGUUUUUGAUCUAUUUGAACACAAAGUACUUGGGGGAUCUGAUCCAGAUGUCAAGCAUGGGAAACCUAGCCCUGAUAUAUUUAUAGUUGCUGCAAAACGGUUUUCUGAUGUACCUGACCCAUCCAAAUGUCUUGUCUUUGAAGAUGCACCAAAUGGUGUUCAAGCUGCAAUUGAUGCUGGCUGUCAAGCUGUUAUGGUACCUGAUGAAGCAUUACCAGAAAAAUACACUGAGAAAGCAACAUUAGUACUGAAAAGUUUAAUGGAAUUCAAGCCUGAAUUAUUUGGUUUACCAAAGUUUGACUAGAAAAUAUAAAUGAAUUAUUAGAGAAACUCAAGUUAUAAGAAAAAUGUAUUAAUUGCUAACACAAACACUGCGUUGUAAAUAAGAGCUAUCUCUUAAAUGCAGUCAAACAUUAUUUUUGUAGAUCUGUAUUUCUAUGAAGUAUGAUAAGAAAAUGAAUUGUACAG